UUCUCUCCGUGAGAAUGGCGCAGAUUUUACCGAUCCGCUUCCAGGAGCAUCUGCAGCUGCAGACGCUGGGAGUGAGUCCGGCUAGCAUCAGCUUCAGCUGCCUGACCAUGGAGUCGGACCGCUUCAUCUGCAUCCGAGAGAAGGUGGACGAGCAGAACCAGGUGCUGAUCGUGGACCUGAGCGACCCGAGCAGCCCGAUCCGCCGGCCGAUCACGGCAGACAGCGCCAUCAUGAACCCGGCCAGCAAAGUCAUCGCUCUGAAAGAUGAUGCGGCGCGGACGCUGCAGAUCUUUAACAUGGAGAUGAAGAGUAAAGUCAAGGCUCACACCAUGACGGACGAAGUGCUGUUCUGGAGGUGGAUCUCGGUUAACACCAUCGCCCUGGUUACGGACACGGCCGUCUAUCAUUGGAGCAUGGAGGGAGACUCUCAGCCAAUCAAUGUGUUCGAUCGUCACGCCAGCCUCGCGGGAUGCCAGAUCAUCAACUACAGAACGGACGAGCAGCAGAAGUGGCUCCUGCUCAUCGGGAUAUCAGCGCAGCAGAAUCGGGUCGUCGGUGCCAUGCAGUUGUUCUCUGUGGACCGGAAGGUUUCUCAGCCCAUCGAGGGUCACUCGGCUGCGUUUGGACAUUAUAAACUGGAGGGAAACCCAAACGCUUCCACGCUCUUCUGCUUCGGCGUCAGAGGGCAGGCUGGAGGAAAGCUGCACAUCAUCGAGGUCGGUCAGCCUCAGACCGGUAACCAGCCGUUCACUAAGAAAGCAGUGGACGUGUUUUUCCCUCCUGAAGCACAGGCGGACUUUCCUGUGGCCAUGCAGAUCGGCACUAAGCACGGCGUCAUCUACCUCAUCACUAAAUACGGUUACUUUCACAUGUAUGAUCUGGAGUCGGGCGUGUGUAUUUACAUGAACCGCAUCAGUGCUGAAACCAUAUUCGUCACGGCCGCUCACGAGAGCACAUCUGGGGUCAUCGGGGUCAAUAAGAAGGGGCAGGUGCUGUCGGUGUGUGUGGAGGAGGAGAACGUAGUAAAUUACGUGACUAACGUGCUGCAGAAUCCCGAGCUGGCGUUGCGUUUGGCGUUACGCAGCGAUCUUCCCGGAGCCGAGGAGCUCCUGACACACAAGUUCAACACGCUCUUCUCUCAGGGCAGCUACACCGAAGCGGCUAAAGUCGCUGCGUCGGCUCCUCAGGGUGUGUUGCGAACGGCAGAGACGGUUCGGCGGUUCCAGGCCGUCCCGGCGCAGGGGGGCCAGCCGUCUCCGCUGCUGCAGUAUUUCGGGGUUCUGCUGGACCGCGGGCAGCUCAAUAAGCUGGAGUCGCUGGAGCUCUGCAGGCCGGUGCUGCAGCAGGGACGAACACAGCUGCUGGAGAAAUGGCUCAAGGGAGAGAAGCUGGAGUGCUCGGAGGAGUUGGGUGAUCUGGUGAAGGCGGCUGACGUCACUCUGGCCCUCAGCGUUUACCUGCGAGCGAAUGUUCCUGCUAAAGUCAUCCAGUGCUUUGCUGAGACGGCUCAGUUCCAGAAGAUAGUGCUCUAUGCUAAGAAGAUGGGAUAUUCUCCAGACUGGGUGAUGCUGUUGAGGAGUGUGAUGAGAUCCGGUCCUGAUCAGGGCCUUCAGUUCGCUCAGAUGCUGGUUCAGGAUGAAGAGCCGCUCAUCAACAUCAGCCAGGUGGUGGAUGUCUUCAUGGAGGGGAAUCUAGUGCAGCAGUGUACUUCAUUCCUAUUGGACGCUCUGAAGAACAACAGGCCGGAGGAGGGGCCUCUGCAGACACGCCUCCUGGAGAUGAACCUCAUUCACGCCCCUCAGGUCGCAGACGCGAUCCUGGGGAAUCAGAUGUUCACUCACUACGAGCGUGCUCACAUCGCUCAGCUGUGUGAGAAAGCCGGUUUACUGCAGAGAGCUCUGGAGCAUUACAGUGACCCUGACGACAUCAAACGGGCCGUCGUACACACACACCUGCUCAACCCCGAGUGGCUGGUGAAUUUCUUUGGCUCUCUGUCUGUCGGCGACUCCGUCGAGUGUCUGAGGGCCAUGUUGGCUGCAAACCUGCGUCAGAACCUGCAGCUGAGCGUUCAGAUCGCCACCAAGUACCACGAGCAGCUGGGAACACAGACGCUGGUGGAGCUUUUCGAGUCGUUCAAGAGCUACGAGGGUCUGUUUUAUUUUCUGGGCUCUAUCGUGAACUUCAGUCAGGACCCCGAUGUGCACUUCAAGUACAUUCAGGCGGCGUGUAAGACGGGGCAGAUCAAAGAGGUGGAGCGCAUCUGUCGAGAGAGCAGCUGCUACAACGCCGAGCGCGUCAAGAACUUCCUCAAGGAAGCCAAACUCACAGAUCAGCUUCCUCUCAUCAUCGUGUGCGACCGCUUCGAUUUCGUCCACGAUCUCGUGCUCUACCUGUACCGCAACAGCCUGCAGAAAUACAUCGAGAUCUACGUACAGAAGGUCAAUCCCAGCCGGCUGCCGGUGGUGGUCGGGGGUCUGCUGGAUGUCGACUGCUCCGAGGACACCAUCAAGAGUCUGAUCCUCGCCGUACGAGGAGAUUUCAGCACUGACCAGCUGGUGGAGGAAGUGGAGAAAAGAAACCGACUGAAGCUGCUCUUGUCUUGGCUGGAAUCUCGUGUUCAGGAGGGCUGUGAAGAACCUGCUACCCACAAUGCAUUGGCAAAGAUCUACAUAGACAGUAACAACAGUCCUGAGUGCUUCCUCCGAGAAAACCUGCACUACGACAGCGCGACCGUGGGCCGAUACUGCGAGAAGAGAGACCCUCACCUCGCCUUUGUGGCCUAUGAGAGAGGACAGUGUGACCUGGAGCUCAUACAGGUGUGCAAUGAAAACUCCCUGUUUAAAAGUGAGUCGCGGUAUCUGGUGCGGCGGAAAGAUCCAGAUCUUUGGGCUCAAGUUCUGCAGGAGACGAACCCGUACAGACGGCCGCUGAUAGAUCAGGUGGUUCAGACGGCUCUGCCGGAGACGCAGGAUCCAGAGGAAGUGUCUGUGACGGUGAAGGCGUUUAUGACGGCCGAUCUGCCUAAUGAACUCAUUGAACUUCUGGAGAAGAUCGUUCUGGAGAACUCCAUAUUCAGUGAACACAGGAACCUGCAGAACCUGCUGAUCCUGACAGCCAUCAAAGCGGACCGGACGCGGGUCAUGGAGUACAUCAACCGGCUGGACAAUUACGACGCUCCUGACAUCGCCAACAUCGCCAUCAGCAGCGAGCUGUACGAAGAGGCCUUCUCCAUCUUCAAGAAGUUCGACGUCAACACCUCAGCGAUUCAGGUUCUGAUCGAGCACAUGGGCAAUCUGGACCGGGCGUACGAGUUUGCGGAGCGCUGUGCCGAGGGCUCGGUCUGGAGUCGGCUGGCUCAGGCUCAGCUUCAGUCCGGUCUGAUCAAAGAGGCCAUCGACUCCUACAUCAAAGCUGGAGAGCCGUCGGCGUACAUGGAGGUGGUGGAUGCUGCCAGUAGAAACGGGAACUGGGAGGAUCUGGUGAAGUUUCUUCAAAUGGCGAGGAAGAAAGCCAGAGAGUCGUUUGUGGAGACGGAGCUCAUCUUUGCUCUGGCUAAAACAAAUCGUCUGUCUGAGCUGGAGGACUUUAUCAACGGCCCCAACAAUGCUCACAUACAGCAAGUUGGCGAGAGAUGUUAUGAAGAGGGUAUGUUUGAAGCCGCCCGGCUGCUGUUUAAUAACGUGUCUAAUUUCGCUCGUCUGGCGUCCACACUCGUUCACCUCGGCGAGUUUCAGGCGGCCGUUGACAGCGCACGAAAGGCCAGCUGCACACGCACAUGGAAAGAGGUGUGUUUUGCGUGUGUGGACGGAGAGGAGUUCAGGUUAGCGCAGAUCUCCGGCCUUCACAUCGUCACUCAUGCUGAUGAACUGGAGGAGCUCAUUAACUACUAUCAGGACCGUGGGUAUUUCGAGGAGCUGAUGGUGCUGCUGGAGGCGGCGUUGGGGCUGGAGCGCGCUCACAUGGGCAUGUUCACCGAGCUGGCCAUCCUCUACUCCAAAUACAAACCCCAGAGGAUGAGGGAACAUCUGGAGCUCUUCUGGUCUCGGGUCAACAUCCCUAAGGUGUUACGAGCGGCUGAACAGGCCCAUCUGUGGGCGGAGCUUGUGUUCCUGUAUGAUAAAUAUGAGGAGUAUGACAACGCCAUCCUGACGAUGAUAACACACCCCACCGACGCCUGGAGAGACGCUUCCUUCAAAGAGCUCAUCAGCAAGGUGGCAAAUGUGGAGCUGUAUUAUAAAUCCCUGUAGUUUUACUUGGA